AUGAUGAAGCAUGAAACCGUUGUUCUGAUAGUAGGAGCAGGACCUGCGGGACUUGCAACAUCUGCAUGUCUCAAUCUUCUCUCUAUUCCAAAUCUCAUUUUGGAAAGGGAUGAUUGUUAUGCAUCUUUAUGGCAAAAGAAGGCUUACGAUUGUUUGUCGCUUCACUUAGCUAAAAACUUUUGUGAACUCCCUCACAUGCCAUUUCCAGCUUCAGCACCCACAUUUGUACCCAAAUAUAUGUUUGUUCAAUACUUGCAUAAGUAUGUUACUAGAUUCAAUGUAGAUCCAUUGUACAAUCGUAAUGUCGAGAGUGCAUGGUAUGACAGGGUUACAAAGAGAUGGGUUGUUAAAGCCCAAAAUGGGGUUUCAGGUUUUGUGGAAGAGUAUGUCGGAGAGUUUCUUGUGGUAGCAACAGGUGAAAACAGUGAAGGAUAUAUCCCUAGUGUUAAUGGUUUAGAUAGCUUCACAGGGUCAAUCAUACACUCUAGUGAAUACGAAAAUGGAAAGAAAUUUGGAUACAAAAAUGUGCUUGUUGUUGGUGCUGGAAAUUCUGGCAUGGAAAUUGCUUAUGAUUUGUUCAACUGGGGUGCCCAAACGUCAAUUGUUGUUCGUAGCCCUGUACAUGUGCUUCCAAAGGAGUUAGUGCAACUCGGGAUGUAUUUACUGAAAUAUUUUUCGUUUAGUUUUGUGGAUAAAAUUGUUUUAAUGUUUAGUAAGUUGUUGUAUGGAGAUCUUUGUAAAUAUGGAAUACAAAGGCCAACAAGAGGGCCAUUUUAUCUUAAACGAGAAACUGGAAGAUCGGCCGUUAUUGAUGUUGGAACAGUUUCAAGGAUCAAAACCGGAGACAUUGAGGUAAUGAAGUCAAUUGAAGAGAUAAAAGGUGAUCAAAUCAAGUUUUCAAAUGGUCAAGAGAAACGAUUUGAUGCCAUAGUCUUUGCUACUGGUUUUAAAACCAAUGUGAGGAAAUGGUUUAAGCAUGAUGGAGGGUUGUUUAAUGAAAAAGGAAUGCCACAUCUUAAGAGCCCGAAUCAUUGGAAAGGGGUAGAUGGUCUUUACUGUGCAGGAUUUUCAAGUGCUGGAUUGUUCGGUAUUUCAAAUGAUGCAAAGAAUAUUGCUAAUGAUAUCUCCCAAAUUGUUAAAAAGAAUUUGCAUAGCUCUUUUUCUGGAUCAGAAUUAGAGCGUUCUCACAAUUUCCUAAUUCAUGGCAUAAGCGGUCGAUUCUGCCAUAGAAACUCGCCACCUUUCAACUCAAAUGAACUCUCAACAUCUUCAUCUCCUAAUCUCCAAAAAAAAAUCUCGAUUCUAUCUCCUGAACAGGCAUUCAGCAACAGCAAGAUAGCAACUCAACGGCUCAAUGCCAUUCAGCAAGGGUUGACGAUCUAUUAUGAGAAAUUGAGGAUUAUCAAGGUUGAUUAUCUGAUUUUAUCUCCUGCUAAUCAACCAAUUAGUUCAAUUGAGCAUUUCAAGAAAGAAAGAGAUUAUUGGAAACAAGUGCUUUUAAGAAUUAUUGUAGUAAUGAACUCUCUUGCUAAACAUAAUUUAGCAUUUUGUGGAUCCAAUGAAAAGUUGUAUAAAAAAGGUAAUGGAAAUUUUUUGGGUGUCAUUGAAAUGUUGGAAAAGUUUGAGCCGGUUAUCAAAGAGCAUGUGCGAUGGAUCACAAGUGAAGGGCUUCAUGUGCAUUAUCUUGGCCACCUAAUCCAAAACGAACUAAUAUUUUUUCUAGCUGAAGAAAUUAAAAAAGAACUUAUCAAGAAGAUAAAGGAAGCAAAGUACUGCUCGGUCAUACUUGAUUAUACUCCAGAAUCAAGUCACAAAGAACAGAUGACUAUAAUAGUGAGGUAUUUAAAGUUAUCAUAUAAUUUUGUUACUAUUGAGGAGUCCUUUUUAGGUUUUUUGAAUGUUGAUGAUACCUCCGAAAAAGGAUUAUUUGAUAUUACACUUGAGGUGUUAAAGUCUCUUGGUCUUCAAAUUGAUGAUAUGUGUGGUCAAGACUAUGACAAUGGAGCAAACAUGAAAGGAAAACACCAAGGAGUACAAAAGAUAUUUUUAGAUAUAAAUCCUAGAGCACUUUACACUCCUUGUGAUUUCCAUUCUCUUAAUCUAACAUUAUGUGAUAUGGCAAACAAUUGUGUUAAAGGAAAGAACUUUUUUGGAUUCAUCCAACGUAUUUAUACUAUCUUUGCAAAUUCUACUAAGAGGUGGGAAAUUUUGAAAGAUAAUGUUAAAGCUUAG